UGUCUGUAACUAUUGAUUUCGUUUAGUUAUGGAAUUUUCUUUGAUCGCAUGGGUUGUUUUAUUGAGAUCCGUCAUAUUGGUUGUAGGUAUAAACUAUACACCUGAUGGUUGUGAAGAAGGUUGGUUGUACUAUAACCAGAUGUGUUAUUUAUACAGCGAUCAUCCAGUCGAUGCUAUUGUCGCCAAGGAGAUAUGUAGUUCGUACAAGGAUUCGGUCUUGGCCAGUGUAUGGAAUGAUGAAGAAACGAGUUUUAUAACGACCACAUUACUUCCGCCUUUCACAAAGAAUCUUGUAUGGAUAGGACUUAUACCAAAACCAAACAAGGACCAAGGAUGGAUUUGGUUAGAUGGAUCCAUGUCAGACAUAGACGAGAAUGGAAAUGCACCAGAAUCCAAUCAAGAUAUAUGUGGAGCUCUGAAUGCAGAUGGAAUUAUUGUCUUCAAAGAGUGCUGGGAAAGGCUUCCGGGGUUCAUUUGUAAGAGUUCUUUAGCAAUGGCUUACAUCGAAAGUGAUCUGUUUAACAAGUCAGCUGUGAACAAAGAGGAACCACCUACGCUGUUGUUUGAAAGAAUUUGGCCACCUAAACAGCAGGAUUUGUCGCAGUACGUCAAACACAUCGCCCAUACGAAAGCUGUAUCUCACGAGACUGACUGCGCGUUCUACUGCUCUCACGUGACUGGCUGUAAAGCUUUCAUCAUCCAGUGUGCUAUGGCAUGGAAAUGUAAUCAGUACAACUGUGAUCUUUACCAACCAAAAUUCUGAAUGAUCUGUGCUGUUGAUAAGUUGAUAUUCCGUCCAACUGUAUGCUGACUUUACAACUUUUCUUGUCACAA